AAGUGUGAGAAUGCCUGAACCCGCAAAAUCCGCGCCCAAGAAGGGCUCCAAGAAAGCCGUGAGCAAGACCGCCGGCAAGGGCGGCAAGAAGCGCCGCAGGACAAGGAAGGAGAGCUACGCCAUCUACGUGUACAAGGUGCUCAAGCAGGUGCACCCCGACACCGGCAUCUCGUCCAAAGCCAUGGGCAUUAUGAACUCCUUCGUCAAUGACAUCUUCGAGCGCAUCGCCGGCGAGGCGUCCCGCCUGGCUCACUACAACAAGCGCUCCACCAUCACCUCCAGGGAGAUCCAGACCGCCGUCCGCCUACUGCUGCCCGGGGAGCUGGCCAAGCACGCCGUGUCCGAGGGCACCAAGGCCGUCACCAAGUACACCAGCUCCAAGUAAAACAAGCUGCUCCAGCUUCAACAACUCAAAGGCUCUUUUAAGAGCCACCCACCUUGUAUCAAAGAGUUAACCUGCACCUGCAGAAAUUUAAUCGGAGUUCAAAUCACUGAGUUUAAUUUGAACAGAGACAAACUCUUACAGAAAAAAAGAAAUAGGUGUCAUGCUGUGUCUUAACUCUAACAAGCCAGUUCUUCACUCUACAGUUUCCCUCCUCCUUCACAGCACUUUCAUACCUG